AGUAGUAGAGUCCAUACAACUGAGGACCAAAACCCAAAACCCAAAACCCUAGCCAGUGUGUGUGAGGAUGAGGACGAAGAAGGGUGGGAAGCAUAAGAUAAUUCUUCCGCCUGACCUUCCACCGGAGAUUGCUGAUGAUGAAAUUGAAGUCUCCGACGAGGACGUCCAGUUCGUCCACAGCAAUAAAGAUUAUGCUGACUUGGUCUCACGCUUGGACACCCAAUCUAUCACCAAGCAUGUUACCCGUGUUGCCGAUGUGAAAGAGGAUGCUUUAGAGGCCAUAUAUGAGAGACGAUUAAAGAAGAAGCAAUUGCAGAAAGAGCAAGAAGUUGACAAGCUUGAAGUGGAUCGUGUAGAUGCUCUUCCAGUAAAAACUUUAGAUGGGAAACUUGUCUACCGAACAGCUCCAAAGACUUCAAAGCAAUCCGAGAACAAUAUUGAUGAAGAAGAAGAAGAGAAAGAAGAUGAUAAAGAAGGUACAGGUGUUUUUAAGUUGACAAAGGCGGAGAGGAGGGCAAAGCUUAAGAAGGGUAAGAAAGAGGCAAAGAAACAAGGGAAGGAAGUGGUCACACCUGAAGUGGAGCAAACCCCACAAGCAGCUGUUUUGGCUGAGGUGAAAGAAGAUAUCACAGCUGAAGAAGCAUUUGAAAAUAAGAAGCGUAAGAUUGCUGAGCUGGGAACUGCACUGCUUUCUGAUCCAGAGUCAAAUAUCAAAUCUCUAAAUGAGUUCUUACAACUCUGUAAAGACGAUAACCAGUCAAUCGUCAAACUUGGACUAUUAUCUUUGUUGGCAAUUUUUAAAGAUAUCAUCCCUGGCUACCGGAUCAGGCUUCCUACUGAGAAGGAGCUCCAGAUGAAAGUCUCGAAGGAUGUCAAAAAGAUGCGGCAUUAUGAGUCAACACUUUUAUCUUCAUACAAGGCAUACCUGCAGAAACUAUCAGCACUUGUUAAUCAAUCCUCUUUCCAACAUGUGGCCAUUCGAUGUCUCUGCUCUUUGCUUGAUGCCGCACCCCAUUUUAACUUCCGCGAGAGCUUGUUAGGUGUUGUUGUCAGAAACAUAAGCUCCCAAGAUGACGUCGUAAGGAGACUUUGUUGUUCAACGAUAAAGUCGCUUUUUACAAAUGAGGGUAAACAUGGUGGCGAACUCACAGGGGAGGCUGUUCGAUUGAUUGCAGAUCAUGUGAAAGCUUAUAAUUGUCAAUUGCAUCCUGAUACCAUUGAGGUUUUCUUAUCUUUGUCAUUUUAUGAAGAUCUUGGGAGGUCUCACAAAGAAGAUCCGAAGAAUAGAGUCAAACCUAAGAGAGGUAGGAAGAGAAAGAAUUUUGAUGAGGCAAGUCAGUUGCCAGAGAAUGACAAAAAGAGAAGUAAGCGUGAGAGCAUGACGAAGAUAAGAGAGGAGGUGGAAGCUGAUUACAAGUCUGUAGCUUAUACCCCUGAUAUAACAGAGCGGAGAAGGAUGCAGACGGAGACACUUUCUGCUGUGUUUGCAACAUAUUUUCGUAUCUUGAAGCAUACAGUGGCAACAAUUGCCAGUUCUGAAGCAGAUGCAUCACCAUCUGUUGGUUCCCACCCUCUGCUUGCUCCCUGUUUGAGAGGUUUAGGGAAAUUUUCGCAUCUAAUAGACUUAGAUUUCAUGAGUGAUCUCAUAAAUCAUCUAAGAAGGCUUGCAUCUGGUUUUAAUAGUUCUGAAAAAACCUCUGCAAAAAGUUUGACAGUAUCUGAGCGCCUCCAAUGCUGCAUUGUUGCUUUUAAAGUGAUGAAGAGCAACCUUGAUGCCUUGAAUGUUGAUCUGCAGGACUUCUUUGUCCAGCUAUAUAAUAUAAUCCUUGAGUACAGGCCUGGAAGAGAUCAGGGAGAAGUCUUAGCUGAAGCUUUGAAGAUAAUGCUGUGUGAAGAUAGACAACAUGACAUGCAAAAGGCAGCUGCAUUUGUAAAACGUCUGGCCACUUUCUCAUUAUGUUUUGGUUCUGCUGAGUCAAUGGCUGCUUUGGUCACUUUGAAGCAUCUUCUUCAGAAGAAUAUCAAGUGUCGAAAUUUGUUGGAAAAUGACGCUGGAGGUGGCUCCGUUUCUGGUUCCAUCGCGAAAUACCAUCCAUAUGCUUCAGACCCCAACUUAAGUGGUGCACUUGCUUCAGUUCUUUGGGAACUGAAUCUUCUUGUGAAGCAUUAUCAUCCUGCUGUCUCGACUAUGGCUUCGGGCAUUUCAAACAUGAACGUUACUCACGACCAGUUCUUUUUCUCCAAUGUUUCCCCAGUACAAGCUUUCAACGACUUGUCUCUUGAGCAGGAGUCACUCAACCCGCCAACCAAUUUCACCAUAUCCAAUGGUAAGAAGAAAAAGGUCGAAUCUUCUCUCGAUACAACUGCCAUUGAUGAAGACGUGUUGAGAAACAAACUCUCGGCACAUUUUACGCUUCUUCGGGACAUCAAGGAGAACCUAAGAUUGAGGGGUGAGUUGGAUCGUGCAAAACAUUCAUUGAAGCUAUAUGAAGAGUAUAAGCAACAAAAGGGAAAAGCUAAAAGCACCAAAUCCAAGAAAACCAAUGCCAAGUUGACUUAAUCACCCGUUAACUGAUUUUUUUUGGUAUUGAAAAUUUUGAGAAACUUGAGUAAUAUUUAAUUAUGCCAAUCAUAUUAUUUUUCA